CUUUACUCAGUGUUGAGCUAAGUAAGAGUAAAAAAAAUGGCGGCCGCAGCGUCUAUGAUGCCGAUCUUCGGUCAUCACAUUUCCUCGAAAAAUGACCUGGUUCCGGACUGGAGCAGGGAGGAAGUCAGCACAGGGACCACCAUCAUGGCGGUGGAGUACGAUGGAGGAGUGGUGAUUGGAGCCGACUCCCGGACCACCACAGGAGCUUACAUCGCCAACAGAGUGACAGACAAACUGACCCGAAUCCACGACAGGAUCUACUGCUGCAGGUCUGGAUCGGCUGCAGACACUCAGGCCAUCGCUGAGGUUGUUUCCUACCAGCUGGGCUUCCACAGUGUGGAGCUGGACGAGCCCCCCCUGGUGGAGACGGCGGCCAACCUGUUCAGAGCCAGCUGCUACCGGUACCGAGAGGAGCUGAUGGCUGGGAUCCUGGUGGCCGGCUGGGACCGCAGGAAGGGAGGACAGGUGUACUGUGUUCCCAUUGGAGGAAUGCUGGUCCGUCAGCCCGUGGCGGUGGGCGGCAGCGGCAGCACCUACGUCUACGGCUUCAUGGACUCCAACUACAAACCGGGCCUGAACAAGGACCAGUGUCUGGAGCUGACUGCCUCAGGUAAGGCUGUCGCAGGGCAUGCUGGGAGCUGGAGUCCUCAGGAUCUGACAUUGUGUGUGUUGCAGCUCUGUCUCUGGCCAUGGAGAGGGACGGCUCCAGCGGCGGCGUCAUCAGGCUGGCCUCCAUCUCUGAGGACGGCGUGGAGCGGCGGGUAAUUCUGGGAGACCAGCUGCCCCGGUUCUCCACUCACUGAGUGCGCUCACUUCCUCUGUUCGUGUUACAUGUGUUAAUAAAGGUUUCAGUCUGUUA